AUGGCCACACAUUCCAUCUUAUUUCUAAUAAUAGCAGUUAUUGCAACACUACUUGCAAUAUUAGCAGGAAGAAGAGUGUUUAAAAAACACCACGAAAUAGAGGUCGAAAGAACAGAGACACAGCCCGUGCCCAUAAAGCCUUCUCAAGGUUUUCUUUACUCUCUGCUAACAGAUAGCGAGCUGUUCAGCACCCCUUUGAAGACAACAGAAGACAUAGAGAUAGUUAAUGGAGGCGUUUUCUACUAUCUAAUUGAAGGAGAGGUAGAAGUGCUGUUUGACAAUGCAGUCGUAAUGGUCAAGCAGCAGGAUUACUUUGUGUACUCUAUUUUCUGGCUGUACAAUGUGCACCAUAAGACAUCAGUUACGUACAAAAUAAAAAAAGACAGUUUGCUGUACAAAAUAGAUGCAGAGAACUCAACUGCCAAGUAUCUUCUUCUGAACCGGCUGUUCAAAGGAACUGUCUACACCCUGGUGAACUAUUUGGAAGACGAGCUGGAGCUCGAUGUAAGGAGCAUAAAGACAAAUAAAAACCACCAGGAGCUAAUAGAGAAUAUAUCGAAAGAAGUAACUCUGAUAAAAAAAGUAGGAAAAAUUGAAGAAAUAACAGUAGAAACAGAAGAGUACACAGUGCCUCCCAACACUCUCCUCUACAUAAUAGAAGGAGAAGGCGCAGUAGAAUACAACAGAAGAAGCACCUUGGAAGUUAGAGAAAACGACUUAGUCGGAUGCCUAGAGUGUGUUACAGCACUGAAAAUGAACAGGAUAGUUAGAAAAAGAUCGCCAAAAAUAGUUGCAGUGAAAAUAAAACUGGAGCCAACGGUGGAAACAGACGCACAGCCUCUGGAGGCAGCGGGAAGCGAGAUACUGGAGAGAGUAAAAAAUAAAACACAGCUGGAGAUAACAGACGCAAUGAUAAACUGGAAAAUGUUCCAGCCAGGAGAAAGACUCUCGGCUGAUGCUCCGUCAAAAUCAAUCAAAAUCAUCACAAACGGCUACUUUCUGAAAGAAGGAGAUGUGAAGUACUUUGGAAUAUCGAGCAAGAACACGCUGUUUGAAAAAGAGGUGCUCCUGGACCUUGAGUCGCCCUUCCAGCUCGUAUCCACCAGGCUCUCAGAGGUCAUAGAAAUACCAAAGGAGUACAUAAGCAUAAUAACAGCGCAGUUUCAGUCAAGCUCACUCGAGCUGUACAAGAGAAUACUCAGCAGAACAGGAGUGGAGCAGGAGCUGGAGCAGCCCUCCAUCAUCACAUUCAUCCCAAACGACCCAAAGGAGACACAGCUGGAGAUAUUCACACAUUUCCUGAGGGCAGAGAUGAUAAAAAGUGAUUCGUGUUUUAUUUUGUCGUCAGCGGAGAUAGAAUCAAAGUUUAAAAAAAAUUCACAAUCGAAAACAGUUGUGCUCUCUCUGCUAAACUACAUAAGCGACCUGCAGAAGGAAUACUCGUACAUUCUUAUCCCAAUAGUGGGCCCAGUGUGCAUAGAAAGACCAGCGGACAAUGGUGAUGACAGCAGCACAUCUGCAAGCGAUGAUGAAAAAGAAACAGGGAAUAAAGAAGAGAGUGAAAUAUGCAUCAUAGAUAAGGAUAAAAAUGAAACAGAUAGCACUAAUAAGGAAAGCAUUAGAAUAAAUGAUAAAAACAAUAGCAAAGUAAGUAAAGCCAGUGAAGUGAAUAGUGGAAUUAAAGAUGAAAGUGAAAAGCUGAAUGAUAUGCCUAAUGACAGUAGUUCUAGCACUAGCUCCGGCGCUAAUCUUAGCAGCAGCUCUAAUGGCAAAAGUAAAUCCAACAGAAAAAAUAAAAAGAAAGCUGGUGCAACAGGCAUAAAUGGAGUGCUUUUGUCUGAGAUAAUAUUCUACGUGAUAACUAACGGGGACACAAGGAGCAUCAACAUGGGCACUGACAUAUUCUGCAAAAUAGACACGCUUGUUCUCCACAGAGACAACAAGAUGCAGGUGUCCCGUGGCAAGUACUACGGACAGAAACACAAUCUAGAAUUUCCUGUGAUAGAUGUGCCGCUAUCAAUAAUAAAAACACGAGAGUCCCUAAACUACACAAGAAAGAACCACUGCACAUUCACAGAGCACAACAACAACAUUAUUCCGUACUUUCCGCUGAAUGACAUGCACAGAUUCAUAAGAACCCUCAAGGGAACGAACGUAGGGCUUGUGCUAGGAGGUGGAGGCGCCAGAGGAAUAGCGCAUAUAGGGAUAAUAGAAGCCCUGGAAGAAGCAGGUAUACCCAUCGAUGCCAUAGGAGGCACCUCAAUGGGCGCAUUCGUGGGAGCGCUGUAUGCAGAGGGCACGAACAAUAAACAGGUGUUCAUUAGGGCCAAAAGACUGUCGCAUCUCAUAGGCAGCGUGUGGAGGAUAAUUCUUGACCUCACGUACCCGAUAUGUUCUAUGUUCACAGGCAAAGGAUUCAAUUGGGGGCUUAGGAUGAUAUUUAAAAACAAAAGAAUCGAAGACUUGUGGCUGCCCUACUACUGCAUUACAACAGACAUAUCUUUGUUUGAAGAAAAACAGCAUAAACAGGGAAUACUCUGGAGGUAUGUCAGGGCAAGCAUGAGUCUAUCGGGAUACCUUCCUCCGCUGUGCGACAAUGGAUCGUUUUUGCUAGACGGUGGAUACAUGAAUAACGUGCCAGCUGAUGCAAUGAGAUCAAUGGGUAUCAGAAAUAUCAUUGCAGUGGAUGUGGGGAGUGAGGUGGAGACGACUUUCUCAGAGUACGGGGACAGCAUAAACGGCUUCUACAUUCUGUUCCAGAAAAUAUUCAGCACGAAAAAGUUCUUGUCUCUAACGGAAAUUCAGUACAGGCUGGCAUACCUGACAAGUAUGCACAAAGAAAGAUCGCUGAAGUCAGACGUAAGCAUAAAGUACAUACGGCCAGACCUAGCAGGAUACAAGACAAUGAACUUCAGACAGUUUGAUGAAAUAGUGGCGCACGGGUACCAAUACGGGAAGAAGAUUAUCUCAGAGUGGAAGGCGUCCGGAGAGUACCAGGAGCUCACCACGCUUACAAGAGCAACAGUAAAAAGACACACAACAUAA